CCUCAGUUACCACCGCCAAAGUUGCGGUGCAUCUGUCUGAUAUGGAAAGUCUAUGAUUGCGUAUUGGCAGAGGUAUAAAUUAUUUUAUUCUUCCCACAGAGUGCGAUGUAGUUCAACUUCACACCCCAGAGUGAACUACUUGUCAGGAUGACAGCGCUUACACCUUUGAACCGUGCUGUACUUGGACUUGCGUGGAGCUGCUUGAGUUUUCUGUCCUGCGCUCAUUGCGGGUUAAGUGACAACCAUGUGCACUCCAGUUUUAUUUACAGGAGGUUGCGCAAUCACGAACGCAGGGAGAUCCAGAGAGAGAUCCUCUCCAUCCUGGGCUUACCUCACCGCCCGAGGCCAUUCUCUCCCGGGAAGCAGGCGUCCUCUGCGCCGCUCUUCAUGCUCGACCUGUACAACGCCAUGGCUGUGGAGGAGGAGGAGGUGGCUCAGCAGCAGGGCGCAGGGAAGAGCUUCAGUGCCAAAGCUCAGGGGCACUCCAGGAAGGGUUACUACAGCCCCCAGCAUGCCGGGUACUCCCGUGUGGCACAGCCUUACCGCGCGGCCCCUCUGUUAGGCCACAGCCCCGCGGUCACCUCAGCACACGACACCAACUUUCUCAAUGAUGCCGACAUGGUUAUGAGUUUUGUCAAUUUAGUGGAGAAAGACAAAGAUUUUUCUCACCAACGAAGACACUACAAGGAGUUCCGCUUUGAUCUGACUCAGAUCCCGGACGGAGAGGCAGUGACUGCUGCAGAGUUUCGGAUCUAUAAGGACCGCAGUCAUGUGCGCUACGACAAUAUUACUCUGAAGGUUUCCAUAUAUCAAGUCAUCAAGGAAUAUCAAAACAAAGAUGCAGAGACGUUCUUGCUCGACUCCAAAAAGGUCCAAGCAUCUGAUGGGGGCUGGCUAGUGUUUGACAUCACGGCCACCAGUAACCACUGGGUGAUGAACCCACAGCAGAACUUGGGCCUGCAGCUCUGUGUGGAGACUGUAGAUGGACGAAGUAUCAACAUAAAAUCUGCUGGAAUCAUUGGGAGGAACGGGCCCCAGUCCAAACAGCCAUUCCUGGUUGCUUUCUUCAAGGCCAGUGGGGUGUUGCUUCGCUCUGUCAGAGCUGCUGGUGGGAAAAAAAAGAACCACAAUCGCAAUAAAUCUACUAAUCAACACGAAUCAUCUAGGGCACCAAAAACUGGAGAUUACAACACAAGUGAACACAAGCAAGCCUGCAAGAAGCACGAACUUUACGUCAGUUUUCGAGAUUUGGGCUGGCAGGACUGGAUCAUUGCACCUGAGGGCUAUGCUGCUUUUUACUGUGAUGGUGAAUGCUCUUUUCCACUCAACGCUCACAUGAACGCAACAAAUCAUGCAAUUGUGCAAACCCUGGUCCAUUUAAUGUUUCCUGACAAUGUGCCAAAACCAUGCUGUGCCCCAACCAAGCUCAACGCAAUAUCAGUACUUUACUUUGAUGACAGCUCAAACGUUAUCCUCAAGAAAUAUAGAAAUAUGGUAGUUAGGUCUUGUGGUUGCCAUUAGUGGCCAGGCUAACUUUAAUUUAUGCUAUCUAUCUGGUAUGGGAAUCGCUGGAAAGCACAUCUGUUGCAGGUGUGAUGUGAUGUACAGUAUUAUGUAUAUAAAGUUGUAUUACCUAAUUUAUUUUCUUUUAAAAAAAUAGCACUGAAUAUUGCAAUAUUUAAAUGAUUAGGACAUGUUGAUUUUACUUUACGUCAGUUAUUACCUAACGUUUGUGUCCGUUGGCAUAUACUCUCUCUUAUAUACGUCUGUAUGACAACUUAUAUGAGUUAACUAUUCACUGGAGUCAUCAUGAUGCAUAAGAUCGCUUCCCCUUCUGCUUGUUUCUUCCCCACUUCUUACAGUACACUCUCUGAGCCAUGUAGAAUUAUACUUGUAAGUCAGUAUAUGAUUUGUUUUUCUUCAAUGCUAAUAUUGCGUGACUAAUACAUAUAUAAUAAUGUCACAAAAUGCAGCAUCACAAGUUAUGUGAUAAACAAGGGAAUCCUCAAGGCGAUGCUAUUAGCACUAACAUCACAACUUGAACAGGCAUCUUAAAUCAGAUUGGAUCACAGGGAGAGAAAAAAAGUGUGAGUGUUCUCUAAUCUAAACCAAACUGCCCAAAGCUAUUCUCAAGCUGUCACCAUCUUUCAGCACUGAUACUGUUUCACCUUUUCCAAGCCAGUUCUUUUUUUUAAAAGAGAGUGUCCUCAGAAGGGGAUUAUGUCAGUCUGGAAUGAAACUCUUCCAUAAACACUGUUUUCUCAUUCCUCUGUGGACUUUGACAUAGCGUCAAAUGUCUUUGCACCACACUGAUUCCAGCAUAUGUUUGGGGAAAGUAUAUCUUAAUGUAGAGUGUUGUGUAUUUUAAUAAAUGUACCACUUGAAAAACG